AGCGGCAGAGCGGGAGUCAGACGCACCGCGGGCUCCCCGGGAGGGCCCUCGCGGCGCGGGGCGCAGUCCCUGAGCCCCUGGGUCGCCCGCGUCGUCGCGGGGAGCGCGGCGCCGGCUCCCGCUCGCCAUGAGCCGCCUCUUCGGGCCCCGGCUGCCCGCUCUGGCCGCCUCGCCCAUGCUCUAUCUGUACGGCCCCGAGAGACCCGGGCUGCCUCUGGCCUUCGCCCCCGCGGCCGCUCUGGCCGCCUCGGGCCGCGCGGAGCCCCCCCAGAAGCCGCCCUACAGCUACAUCGCGCUCAUCGCCAUGGCCAUCCAGGACGCGCCGGAGCAGAGGGUCACGCUGAACGGCAUCUACCAGUUCAUCAUGGACCGCUUCCCCUUCUACCACGACAACCGGCAGGGCUGGCAGAACAGCAUCCGCCACAACCUGUCGCUCAACGAGUGCUUCGUCAAGGUGCCCCGCGAGAAAGGGCGGCCGGGCAAGGGCAGCUACUGGACGCUGGACCCUCGCUGCCUCGACAUGUUCGAGAAUGGCAACUACCGGCGCCGGAAGAGGAAGCCCAAGCCAGGCCCAGGGGCCCCCGAGGCCAAGCGGGCGCGCGCGGAGACCCACGAGCGCGGCGCAGAGGCGCAGCCCGGGGCGGGCAGCGGGGCAGGGCGCCGGGGCCCCGACACCCCCCGCCGCGAGGGCGCGCCCGCGCGCCCCUCGCCCCUCGGGGGCGGCUCCUCUCCGCCCGCGCCCCUCCGCUGGCCUGGGCCCGUGUCCCCGGCGGAGGACGUGGGCGACGCUGUCCAGGGCGCGGCGGCGGCGGCGGCGGCGGCGGCGGCCUUGGCCACGGGCCAGCCGGCGCGCACGGUGGAUGGUCCGGGGUCCCCUCCGCGCCCUGCCUCCCACAGCUCUCCCAAGAGCUCCGACAAGUCCAAGAGCUUCAGCAUAGACAGCAUCCUGGCGGGACGGCAGGGCCAGGAGCCCGCCGGAGGGGCCGAGCUCCCGGGGGGCGCCAAGCCUGCGCCCCGCAGCUGUCUGGGUGCCUCGCUUCUGGCCACCUCUGCGAGCCUCCCUCCGCCUUUCAACGCUUCCCUGAUGCUCGACCCGCACGUCCAGGGCGGCUUUUACCAGCUCGGGAUCCCUUUCCUCUCGUAUUUCCCUCUGCAGCUUCCAGACACGGCGCUUCACUUCAGUAAAGCAAACGGUGGCGGUUCCUUCCCCUACCCUGGUCUGAGCUUGUGAGCGGCCGGGUCCCAUCACCGGCGGGAAGGAGUCACGGUUUUUAAAAAAACGAGCUUUUCUUCUGCAACGUGUGGAUCCCGGGAAGUGUUACCAACUUUUGCGCGCAGGUGGGCAGGGUCUCCUGCCUCCUCCAAGGUGAGGUGGACUUUCCCAGAACCCGGAGCACCAUCGGAGACUUAAAAGACCCCGUCCCACUAGGACUUGGGCAUCUCAGGCCUCCUGCGGAGAGAGCAGGAGACCUCCUCGACCUCAGGGCAGUCUAAGGGCAUGGUCUCCCACUCCCCACCUCGGGUCCUGCGUGUCCAGAGCAGCAAGGGCCCAGACUACCCGACGGCGGGGCCCACAGAUGCGGUGAGGGUGGUUUCAAACAGAACCACCAUCUAUCUGACGGUGGCCAGCCCCCUGGUUUGUCCCUGUGGCCCAGGUCUUGGCUUUGAAUCUGUGGGGUGAUGGGUGCCCACAGCUGGGUUUGUCCCUGAAGUCCCGGCGUGGGGGCACCAGGAGUGACCUCUGCUUUUCAGGUUCUUCACGAGAUCUAGGGCCUGGUGAGGAUUUAAGACCAACGUCCAGGUGGACAGCUAAGAAAUCACAUUUCUGUUUUGAAUAGAGAAUUUCUCUCUCUUUUUUUCUUUCUAGACAUUUUUACUGGGGAUACGCUAUAUUCUUUGGCUAGAUGCUUGACUUUUUCCUACAACGAUGGCCCUGUGAAAAUUCUAUGUUAACAACCCCUAUUAAGAAAGUGCACUCUAUACGAUAGCGUUUUGUUGUGUUACGAUAGCUUGCCAGUCAAUUCUCAUGAUCUCCAAGACAUGUUACCAACAUUAGCAGGCAUCCCGUCUUGUUGCUUCUGUUUUUAAGGGAUCAAAAGACAGCAGGGGACACCGGAAGUGUGUGACGAGGAGGGAAGGUGUCGUAGACAACACAAGAUUUUCCAUGUGCAUGUUUUUUUUCAAGCUCUAGGUUUGGGUUUUGCUACGUUUUCCAGAAUUGCGUAGUAAAGGACCACUUUUCCUUAAGAAAGUUGGAUGGAAACAAACACACACACACAAGCAGAUACUGGGAGAGAUGGGUCAUGCUGGGCAGAGAAAAGGAAUCUUCUGAUGAUAUCUGCUGGAGGGUGCCUCUCUGGACCCCAAAGAACAGGAGGCUCAGAGGGAGGGUUCUAUCAGACAUCCUCUCUCUAAGCCUCUACCCUUGGGCCUAGAGCCUGCAGCUAAAUAAACACCUUAUGGAGGUGACUGGAAAUCUG